CUGGUACCAGGGGGACGUCUCUCUCUCUGUCUCUCUCUCUCUCCCCCCCCACCCCCCCCCCGCCCCACACGCACUUCUCGAGCUCGAACAAGAUGGACGCGGGCUUCUUCCGCGGCACCAGCGCAGAGCAAGACAAUCGCUUCAGCAACAAGCAGAAGAAGCUACUGAAGCAACUGAAAUUUGCAGAAUGUCUGGAGAAGAAGGUGGACAUGACCAAGGUGAACCUGGAGGUUAUCAAACCCUGGAUUACCCAACGAGUGACAGAGAUAUUAGGGUUCGAGGAUGACGUCGUCAUUGAGUUCAUUUUCAACCAGCUGGAGGAGAAGAACCCGGACAGCAAAAUGAUGCAGAUCAACCUGACGGGCUUCCUCAAUGGGAAGAAUGCGCGGGAGUUUAUGCGCGACCUCUGGCCUCUGUUGCUGAGCGCCCAGGAAAACAUUGCCGGAAUUCCCUCUGCUUUCCUGGAGCAGAAGAAGGAGGAGAUCAAGCAGAGACAGUUGGAGCAGGAGAAACUGGCCUCCCUCAAGAAGUUGGAUGAAGACAAGAAAGAGAAGGAGAAUAAGGAAAACCGUGAGAAGGACCAGUCCAAGAGUCCCAGGAGGAGGAAGUCCAGGUCACCAUCACCUCGGCGGCGAUCCCCAGCAAAGCGGGACAGGAAGCGAAGCCACUCGCGCUCCCCCCGGCGCAAGCCCAGCCCCGGACCUGCACCCGAGUCCAGCAGCCCAACUCCCGCACAGCCGCGAAACCUGGAACAGCCAAUUCCUGAGCCAGACCAGUCGGAGAGUGCCAAGCCCAGGCUGCUGAUACAGGAAGCAUCCUCCACCACCAGCGAUCUGGCAAAGGAGAUGGACUUGCAGCCAGACUCCGCUGUGGAAGCAAAAGAGGCCUCCCCCGAGAAGGCCCCCCGGAGGGAGGAGAAGCCACGCCCACGGGAUAGGGAAAAGGAGGCCCGCCGGGACAGAGCGCGCUCUAGCUCUCGUUCGCGCCGUCGGCCCCGUUCCCGCUCCAGGUCAUACUCCCCCCGGCGCCGGCAGAGUCCCCGCAGACGUGGGUCGCCCCGGCGACGAAGCCCCCCCAGGCGUCACCCCCCUGCACACCGACAUCGGCGGAGUCGCUCCCCUGCCAGGCGGAGGCGCUCUCCAUCCCCAUCUUCAUCUGGCAGCAGCUCGUCCUCUUCUUCUUCACGCUCUCCCCAGAAGAAAGCGCUGAAGAGGGUGUCAAAUACACCUCCACGCAAAUCCCGCGGCAUCCCUGCCAGCCCUCCCAGGAGGCGUGGUAGGACACCCCCCCCAGUCAGCGGUGGCAGUUCCCCUCCAAAGGGACACCGGUCUGCCUCCCCCCGCGGCAGGAGGGGUCGGGCCUCCGCUUCGCCUCCCAGGUCCUCAGGAUCCAAGAGGAAACCUGGAGUGAAGAACGAGUCUCCAUCUCCAGCCCUGAAGCCACGGCGGUCAGAGCAGUCGGAAUCAGAGGAUGAUAAAGGUGGGAAGGGGGCUACAGCAGAUUCAGUGCAGCAGCGGCGUCAGUAUCGCAGGCAGAAUCGGCAGUCCUCCUCAGACACAGGCUCCUCGUCCUCCUCCUCUGAGGACGAAGGUGCGAAGCGACAAAGCGCAGGGCCCGGCCCAGGGCCUGCCGCUAGAAAUGGUGAGAUAAAGAGACGGAGGAGUCCGUCACCAGGCUCCCCCCGGAGACGUCACCGAGAUGUGUCUCCCAGGAGGAGGAGGAGCCCUUCUCCUUCAGGACGGCGCCAUCGCUCCCCUUCGCUCCCCCGCCGCCGCCGUUCCCCGUCCCCCUUGCCGAGGCGCAGGUCUCCGACGCCGCCACCUCGCAGGCGCUCUCCUUCUCCCAGGCGUUACUCUCCUCCCAUCCAGAGGCGCUAUAGUCCCUCUCCGCUACCCCCGCAGAAGCGAAGGCCAUCUCCAUCGCCCCCUCCCAAGCGGCGGGCGUCUCCGUCACCGGCGCCGAAGCGGCGUGGGGUCUCCAGGUCCCCCAAACGUCGGAGCUCCCCGUUGCCCAAACGCCGCACCCCGCCCUCAUCAUCCUCGCCACCCCGCCACAGGAGAAGCCCCCUGCCUCCCCCUGUGCGGCCCGGCAGAGACGUCCGUUCCCCACCUCCUGGGAGCCCUCCACAGCAGCAGAGGCGCCAGCAUUCGCCUUCCCCAGCGCGGAGGCCCAUCCGCAGGGUGUCCCGGACCCCCGAGCCCAAGAAGACCAAGAAGGCUUCUCCAAGCCCCCAGCCUGUGAGGAGAAUGGCCUCUCGCUCUCCAUCUGCCUCCCCGGAGCCCCCAGCAAAGAAGCGGCCCGUGGCGCCGUCCGCAUCACCAUCACCCUCGCGCUCUGCCAGCGCCUCACCACCGCCCCCUGCCAAGGCCAACAGUGAUUCCGGCAGCCCCUCCCCUGCAAAGAACUCGGACACAGAGGCUGGAGGGAGGAAGAAGAAGAAGAAGAAGGAGAAGAAACACAAGAAGGAGAAGAAGCACAAGAAGCAUAAGAAGCACAAGAAGGAGAAAGGCAGCGGGGGGGCUGCAGCUGUGCAGCGCCCGGGGAGCGCCGGCCCCGAUGGGGAACGGGACUCGGACCCCAAAAAGGAUUCAGACAGUGAAGUAGAGGAGAGUCUCGACGACCUGGAGAGACAUCUGCGGGAGAAGGCGCUGCGCUCCAUGAGGAAAGCCCAGACGUCGCCCUCGCAGUCCUGAGGGCUCGGGCACCUUCCUCUUCCUUGCAUCUUCCACUUGUCUUCAGUUUGUCUCGUAAAUCGGGUUGAGCUUUAGAAUGUACAAACUGCUGUCCACUCACUAGGUUCUGUCUUUCUCGCUCCCUCCCUCUUCCUUCCUUUCUCUCCCUCCCACCCUCCAUGGGUUGUAGUGUCCCAGCGGGCGUUCUGUGUAGUGCUGGGGGCAGGGCUAGAGCAGUUUGCUCGGACGUUCACUCUUGUUUGGGUCUUUUUUCGUUUGCCUCGGGUGCAAACCUGACGUCCCUCCUCUGUAGGCGCAGGGAACCAGGAGACUCCGUACCUGCAUGUGUGCAGCUCGCUGUUUCUUUCUGGAUCUGCAUGAGAUGGACAGUAUAAACGCAGCUUACUCGCAUUUCCUCCUUGGAUGUUUCCCUGUUUUGUACACGAGGCCCAUGGGAUCUUGCUGUAGAGUUUAACCACAUUCAUAAGUGGCAUUUACCCCAGUUUUUGUGAAGAACUUGUUGAAAUUCUCAUAAAGGAAGCAAAAAUUUAAAUGUCAAAGGUGAGCAGGAGCUGAGUGUUGGAGACUGUCUCUGAGUCAUGGCCCUGCUGUAAACUCGUUUAUAGACUAAGUUCAUGAAGUUGAUCAGUAACUUGCAUUUUAUUUUGAGCUGUUUUGUGUGGGACUACAUUGAACUGUAUUUAAAUAUCCUCUUGUCAUCUUUUCAAAAGUUAAAGUUUUUGUAUAAACAAUUGUGUUUUGAGUUUUUUUUUCCCCCCACUGUACAAAGGGGGGGCUCGGGAGUCCCUCUCACUGUGAAGCUGGAAUGUGUUCAGUGUUCCCACUCCCCCCUCCCCGCUUCCAGGAAACUACUGAACACAGGGCCUGUGUUACAAUUAAAGACCAUGUUUUACCCCGUGA